AUGCCAGUGCAGAAGCACAUACCACUGUCGCCACGGCGGCGGAGCCUGCGCGAACCCGGCGCGGUGGUGCCAGUGGUGCAAGGACGGCGGGUGCGUGCUGGCGAGGCAGGUGGACGCGGCGAGGGAGGGCGGACUGGACGGCGGCAGCAACAGCAGCGGGAGGAGAAGGCGGAGAAGGAGGAGCCACAGACUUCCUGCGCCGCCGACGGUGCCGAUGGUGCCUGGCCUCCCACCGCUACCGCCUCUGCCUCCGUUGCCGCUUUUCCCAAUGACGAUGCCGAUACCGAUGGUAGGGAUGGGACGUGGAAGGAUACGUGA